AUGUAUUUAAAUCAAGAAUUUAUCGGUAAUGCUUUCAAAAAACCAGUUUCCAACGAUUUAUUUUUAAAUCUUACAAAUUAUAGCACCUCAAGGCAUUUAAAUCCAACACAUCAUUCAAAAAUUUCAGAAAUUGUUGCAAACCAUUCGAUUAUUCAAUCAAAAAAUCCUGAAUUCAGAUAUUUCAAUUCAAUAGUAAACACAGACAAGCAUUUAAACAGAGAACACUUCUAUUUUGAACUUACAAGACUCCUUAAUGUUGAUCCUGACUUUCAAAGACAUGAAAAAAAUAUAUUAUUGAUUGGUUCUCACACAUCUGUUGGUAAUAGCAUUAAAACAUUACUUAAAGAGCAAAAUAUUUUGUUUGCAGAACUCAAGAGCAUUCAUGAAAUUCAAUUUACCAACGAAACUCUGCAAUUAAUUUUAGAUAGAAUUAAUAUUGAAGGAAUAAUCUUCUGCUAUGACCCACUAACAACAAAAUCGACAAGAGUUAAUGAUUUUUUAAAUGAUAUUGACAAAAAACGAAUUUUACCGAUAAUCGAGUAUAUUAAGCAAAAGAAACUCAAAACAUUAUUUGUUUCACCCAUGAAUUACAAUUUUGACUUAGAUUUGCAAAUAAAUGCAAGUGUUAUUUAUUAUCCAUCAAUUAUUGACUCAAAAACAUCAACAGACACUUCAAAUGUUCUUUACCAAGCAAAAAUAAAUGAUAAAUAUACAAAUUAUUGCAAUUUUGAUGGUAAAAUAUCAUCAGUUACUGCAGAUGAAGUUGCAAAAUAUUCUUUGAAGAAGUAUUUCGAUUUUAAGCCAGGAUCUGUGAUAAUUAAGCCAAAUAGCGAGAUAUCCAUUGAAAAUGCGUUAAAAGAAAUCAAUAUUUCAAUAAAUGAAAAUUUUAAUUGUCAAACACUUGAAGAUAAGCAUAUGUUUGACGGUAUUGAUAAAAUAUCUAUCGAAAACAAUUCAGUUUCCGAUGUAAUUCAUAAAGAAUUUGACAAUUUCAAGAAAAUUAACUCUAACAAGAAAUAUAUAUCAUUUAUAUCAGUAGCUCCUCUUUCAAACAUAUCUAAGUUCCAAGACAAUCUUGAAGCAUUUGAUCAUUUAGCUUCUUUAUAUCAAAAUUUAGAUUUUGAAAUUAUUUAUGUUGGUCACACAGGAAUAUCUAAUGGAAUGAACUUUACAAUCCCUGAAAGAUUAAAGAACAAGGUUAAAAUGAUCACAAUUGAAGAAAAUGAUUGUGAUAAAUUAUUUAAUAUAACUAAUAAAAAGAUUUCAACCCAUGCCAUAUCUAUGUAUCACAUAGGAAUCCGAAAUUCUCUUGGAAAGUUCAUUUUAUUGUUUGAUGACGUAUUUUCGAUGAAUGAACACAUUUUUGAACUCCUUUCUCGCAAAGCACUUAACAAGUAUGUUCUGUAUUCACUUUCUGCUACUGAAAUAACCGGAAUUGAAAAAAAGCCAAAAUAUAUUUUUCAAUUUUUUAGAAAAUUGUUAAAGCAAGAGCCAUUAUUCGAUUUAACAGCUGAUUCUAUCCAUAUAACAGAUGUAAUUUCAGCAAAAACUGCAUUUUUAAAACAACCAAAAUUUUCCUAUCUUCUUUCAAGAGAAUUAUUUGAUGCAAUUGGUGGAUUUGAUCUCCAUCAUUAUGCUCAAAAUUUUCAUGAGCUUAUUCUUGGAAAAUUUUUGCAAAUUAUUCCUGGAUAUCUCAUUAGCAAAUGGGCGCAGCCACUUAUCGCUAUAUCAAGCAUUCCUAAGGUCAGAUCAGUUGAUUAUUUCAAUCCAGAAUACAUCAUAUCAUUUAAUAGUAAGUAUGAAAUGUUUUCAGGAGAAUCAGAAAGCAAAAAAGAAGUAUUGGAGAUAAUCAGGAAAUAUGACAACUAUCACACUGAUGAAGAAUAA